GGACUGGUGAGACCCCGGCCGAGGCCGAGAGCGAGUGGUUCUUCAGGCCUGAGGGGGCCCCCCACUUCCAGAAGAUCCUGCACUACAGCCCCGACGAGGGCGAGACGGUUUUCCCGGGCCCCUUCCAGGGCUCCCUGAGCUGGAACGGCUCCCGGAACACGCGGGACCUGCAGGACCUGUCGGUGCUGCUGGAGCCGGUGGGGCGGGAACACGCCGGGAGCUACGUCUGCCGCCUCCGGCGCAACCUCACCUUCGAGGGCUACACCUACAGCCUGGCCAGGAACCAGACCCUGCGCCUGGCCGUGGUGGAGAAAGGUCUGGGAGGGACUGGGAUAAACUGGGAUAAACUGGGAGGGACUGGGAUNUCCGCCAUCUGA